UUCAUUCCUUCACCUAUUAAAAAGGAAAGCGUGAAGUGAAGCAGUAAGUAAACCCUAAAACUCCCAAGCUGAGAGAGAGAGAGAGAGAGAGAGAAAGUUUUUAGAGGUUUCAGUGCUUAAGCUCAAGAUGAUUAUCCCUGUUCGCUGCUUUACCUGUGGAAAGGUGAUUGGAAACAAGUGGGAUGCCUAUCUUGAUCUUCUCCAGCUUGACUACACUGAAGGGGAUGCACUUGAUGCGCUCAACUUGGUUAGAUACUGCUGCAGGCGUAUGCUUAUGACUCACGUUGAUCUGAUUGAGAAGCUUCUCAACUACAACACUCUGGAAAAAUCAGACAACAGUUGAAGAAAGAGGAUGCAAAUCUGCUGAAAUAUGUGUUGUUGCUCGUCAGAGGGCUAUGUAUGAAACUCUUGUGUGUUUGGUGUAGAAAAUUAAAUCAAUCUGAAUCAUGUUGGUUUUAGACUACGUCAGUGAUUUUAUCAUAGUAUGUCUGGUGUCUCUACGCGUUAUGAUUUUCUGAGCUGAAAGAUUUGUACUUAUAAGUAAUUCGUCUUUCAUUA